AUAAUGAUGUGCUGUGGUCGAAGCCUGGACUCUCCAUGCACUCUGGCUCUUUUGGUUGGCUUCCAGUUUGCCUUUGUUCUCUACUUCUCCCUGGGAGGCUUUCGUGGCCUCGUCUCUGUAUUGGUUCACUCCUCUGAACCUGAAUUUGACUAUUCUCAUCCCCAUGAUGUCUACACCAACCUCAGUCACCUUGUGGCCCAACUCCCCCACCAGACAGGCCCCACUGGAUCAGCACCACAGCUUAAAGAUUGUCUAGUGCCCUCACCAUUGCUGGUGGGCCCUGUAUCUGUUCGCCUGACCUCACCGCCUUCAUUUGAGGAAAUCAAGGAGCGUAACCCUUUGGUAAAACCAGGGGGACGGUACCGCCCACCAGACUGUGAACCACAACACCACACGGCAAUUGUGGUGCCGUACCGGAAUCGACAGACCCACCUCCGCGCUCUUCUUUAUCAUCUCCACCCUUUCCUCCAACGACAGCAGAUCCAUUACAGCAUCUAUAUUGUACACCAGUCAGGAAACUCUACAUUCAACCGAGCGAAGCUGCUGAACGUGGGCGUGCGUGAGGCUCUGAAGGAGGAAGACUGGAGUUGUAUUUUCCUCCAUGAUGUGGACCUGCUGCCGGAAAAUGAUCACAACACCUACAGCUGCCACCCCCAGUACCCUACUCACCUCUCUGUGGCCAUGGACAAGUUUAGAUACAGGCUUCCAUACCCACAGUAUUUUGGUGGUGUUUCUGCUGUAACCCCAGACCAGUACCUCAAAAUGAAUGGCUUCCCAAACCAGUACUGGGGCUGGGGAGGGGAGGAUGAUGACAUCGCUGCCAGAGUACGCCUCUCUGGGAUGAAGAUAGUGCGCCCCCCAGUGGCUGUAGGCCAUUAUAAAAUGAUCAAGCAUAAAGGAGAUCAGGGUAAUGAGCAGAACCCUCGAAGAUUUGACUUGCUAAAGCGCACCAGGAUAAACUGGCAUUCUGAUGGACUCAAUUCCUUGACCUAUGAACUCCUGUCCAAAGAGCUGGCACCACUGUACACCAACCUGUCUGUCAACAUAGGGGAGGACCCUCGCCAGCCCCCAAGGAAGGUGACAUCUCCAAAUCCCGAAAAACCCCCACAUCCUGCAUCCAAACCCAAUAAGAAGAGGGCUGAAGGGGCAGUGGUUGGUGCGGUAACCACUAAAGCCACCAAAAUAGAGGCUGCCCAGUGGAAGUCACCUAACGGAAGCUCAGUAGUUACAGAGAAAACUGCUGUAAAACAGGAAGUAGGCUGA